GUACUGCCGACUUUACUGCCAUAUUGAGCAGGCCAAUGUACUUCUUAUAUCACUAUUUGGACAUUCGGUGACAAGAACUUAAUAAAUUUUAUAACGAAAUAUCGGUCUGUCUUGUUGAUUAUACAAUUGAUUGAUAAAAAGUUUAUGUUAUAACAAUUAAACUAUUCACAUUUGAAGAUGGUUACGAUCAUGUGCUGGAAUAGAAAACUGGAAAUUUAAUGUCGAAUAAAAAUACGAGAAUAAAUUGCAACAAGUGGAAAGAAUGCCGAGUUGUGGCAGUCUGUUCAGGAUCAUUAGACGGCGCCUCGUACUUGGGCUCAUCUUUGCUUUGUCUCUUACCUACUGCGCCUUUUCACUUUUUCGUAACGAGAAAAAGACAUUUGCUUUGGAUAAUGAUCUUGAUGACAUGGAUCCUAUGCUAAUUAAUGACAAUAACGAUGACUUAAUUUCUGAUGAUGAUGCAUUAUCGGAGCAAUUGAGAGCAUCUGGUAAACCACCACUGUGGCAGAUGGCAAUUGUUGAUCAAGGGGCAAACGAGAAUCCAUUAAACGUGGAAGCAGUGUCAAAUUUAAAUGACACCGAUACUAUGGUUCAUCCUUGUCGUAAUUCCAUACAGGGCAAAGUUCUAAUAGUAGAUGAGCGUGGUAUUGUAUGCUCUAGACAAGAAAUUUUGCCUAAUGGUUGUUGUAAUAUGGAACAAAAAGAUUCUAAUAAAAAUGAGGAUACAUCAACUAUAGCCAAGAAAGAGAGGUAUAGUUGUAAAACAUGUAAUGCUCAAGGGUGCUGUGCUAUCUAUGAAUAUUGUGUUUCCUGCUGCCUACAUCCUGGCAAGCAAAUAAAGGGGAGGAAGGAUGUGCUAUUAGGUUUACUUAGAGACAAUCAUAAAGCACACAGGGACCAAGAUGUAGUGAAGAAACGGCUUCGAAAUCUAGACCGUUUUCAAGUUUGUCUGGCUGCGUGUCGUACUUCCAGCGCAAGCGUCCGGCACGAAAAUACCUAUAAAGAUCCACAUUCGAAGCAUUGUUACACUCUUCAACCACCAUAUUCACAUCAAAGACAUCGUCGUGAUGUUGAUUCAUACAAUAAUAAUGACGACAACUCUGUUGUUGUUGCAUCUUUUUCUGUUAUGCCAUUACUUACCCUCUUCUCUCCUUUCUGCCUACUUAUACAUGCAAACAACGAUUCGCUUUUACUAUCGUGUAACAAUCGUUUACCGAUAUUUGAUUAUUACUUUCACGUACAACCACCUUGAAAUAUAAGCUAAAUUUAUCGUAUAAUGUUUGUGAUCAGCGUACGGGGUUGGAUUUGUAACGUUAUAGAUUCUGGUAGCUAAUGCUACAGUGAAGAGGAAGUUUUCCAUUCGAUUCUGAAUUUUACUCAUCUAAUUUUUAUCGAUAAUAAUUUUAAAAACUAAAAGCAACGACUUGAUUUUUAUUCUUUGAUUUAUGACAUAUGUCUGAAUAUAAACAUUUUAUUACUGAGUGAUAGCAAGAAAUGGAUUGCUUCCAUCUUUGUAAUUUAUUCAUGUCUGAUUCGCGAAUUAGAAAGAAAUGAAGAAAAACCAUGUCGCCUGGUCCCAUUUUGAGGUAUGUCCGGUACGUGGUCUUGAGUAAAUUUUUUGAAAAGAACUAUAUGUAUUUCGUGAUUUGAAGUGACAGAUUAUAUUCAAGUUUGUAUAAAAA